AUGACCGAACUCCUGAACAGCAUACUCACCGUGAUCAAGGUGUUCCAGAAAUAUGCCAACAAGAAUGGGGACUCCACCUCACUAUGCAAGGAGGAGUUGAAGCAGCUGCUCUUUGCUGAGUUUGGAGACAUCCUCCGGAGACCAAAUGACCCAGAGACUGUGGAAACCAUCUUGAGCCUCUUGGAUAGAAACAGAAACGAGCAUGUUGAUUUUCAUGAAUAUCUCCUGAUGGUGUUCCAGCUGGCCCAAGCCUGCUAUCAUAGUCUGGAUAAUGAAUCAAGUGGAGAUAGAACCUCCCAGCAAGAAAGGAAGCAGGAGGAAACACAAGACCAUAAGUUUCCAAGAAAUACAGGCAGACAACACAGGAAGAGGCUUCAGGGAGAAAGGCAGGAUUCCUGCCACAGUCAGUCUGAGAAACAAAGUCAGGAUACCCACCAAGAUCGAUCUGAGAGAGAAGACAAGGACUCUCGCUAUGGUCAGACUGAGGGACAAGACAGGGACUCUCACUAUGGUCAGACUGAGAGACAGGAUCAGGACUCCAGCUCUGGUCAAAGACUGAGUAAUAAAUCUGGCAAUGGCAAUCCUGAAAGACAAGGCUAUGUCUUUGCCCUAAAUCAGUAUGAGAAACAACUUCAAGAUUCUCAUUAUGGCCAAUCUGAUAGGCUUGGACAACAGUCAAGCUAUGGCCAGUCUGGAAGACUUAGAGAGGACCCUAAGUAUAGCCACACAAACCAACAGGAAUCGGGCUCUUAUAAUGAACAGCCUGGAAGGCUGGGUCAGGAAUCAGGCUGUGGUCAGAGAAAUAGGCAAGAAUUGGAUUCUCACUAUGGCCAGACAGACAGACAAGGCCUGAGCUCUCACUAUGGCCAGACAGACAGACAAGGCCUGAGCACUCAAUAUGGUCAGAGAGACAGACAAGGCCUGAGUUCUCACUAUGGCCAGACAGACAGACAAGGUCUGAGCUCUCAGUAUGGUCAGACAGAUAAACAAGGUCUGAGCUCUCACGAUGGUCAGACAGACAGACAAGGCCUGAGCUCUCACUAUGGCCAGGCAGACAGACAAGGCCUGAGCUCUCAUGAUGGUCAGACAGACAGACAAGGCCUGAGCUCUCACUAUGGUCAGACAGACAGACAAGGCCUGAGCUCUCAGUAUGGUCAGACAGACAGACAAGACCUGAGCUCUCAGUAUGGCCAGACAGACAGACAAGGCUGGAGCUCUCAAUAUGGUCAGACAGACAGACAAGGCCUGAGCUCUCAUGAUGGUCAGACAGACAGACAAGGCCAAAGAUCUCACUAUGAUCAGACAGACAGACAAGGCCUGAGCUCUCACUAUGGUCAGACAUACAGACAAGGCCAGAGUUCCCAUUAUGAUGAGACAGACAGACAAGGCCUGAGCACUCGAUAUAGUCAGACAGACAGACAAGGUGUGAACUCCCAAUACGGUCAGUCAGAGACUGGUGAAACUAGGCAAAAUAGGCGCUUCCAAGGGAGCGAGGGAACAAGCAGAGACUCACACAUUGAGCAAUCAGGAAGGCCAGGAAGACCAAGUCAACAGACUCAAGGACAGGAAGUAAACCGAAAUCAGAGACAGAGAUUCCAGACUAGGGAAGGGCAGCAGAACAGUCACCAGGCAUGGGAGUCCGAAGAGGAUAGCCAACACAAACUAGUAGCACAAAUUCAGCAAGAAAGGCCACCCUGUCACAAAGGGAGAGGCUGGCAAUCACACAGUAGUGAGCAGGGCCACAGACAGGACCAGACCAGGCAGAGUCAUGGUGAGAAGCAGAGCCACCAGGCAGAGGAAGAGCAGGACCACCAGAGCUGCAGUAGACACAGUCAUGAGGGUCAGGAAACUCCAUGUGAGACAUGGGACAGGGAAACCCAUGAAGAUGAGCAGACCCGUCAGAGACGAGACAGGCAAACCCGUGAAGAUGAGCAGACCCGUCAGCGACGAGACAGGCAAACCCAUGAAGAUGAGCAGACCCGUCAGCGACGAGACAGGCAAACCCAUGAAGAUGAGCAGACCCAUCAGAGACGAGACAGGCAAACCCAUGAAGAUGAGCAGACCCGUCAGAGACGAGACAGGCAAACCCAUGAGGAUGAGCAGACCCGUCAGAGACGAGACAGGCAGACUCAUGAGGAUGAGCAGACCCGUCAGAGACGAGACAGGCAGACUCAUGAGGAUGAGCAGACCCGUCAGAGACGAGACAGGCAGACCCAUGAAGAUGAGCAGACCCGUCAGAGACGAGACAGGCAGACCCAUGAAGAUGAGCAGACCCGUCAGAGACGAGACAGGCAGACCCAUGAAGAUGAGCAGACCCGUCAGAGACGAGACAGGCAGACCCAUGAAGAUGAGCAGACCCGUCAGAGACGAGACAGGCAAACCCAUGAAGAUGAGCAGACCCGUCAGCGACGAGACAGGCAAACCCAUGAAGAUGAGCAGACCCGUCAGCGACGAGACAGGCAAACCCAUGAAGAUGAGCAGACCCAUCAGAGACGAGACAGGCAAACCCAUGAAGAUGAGCAGACCCGUCAGAGACGAGACAGGCAAACCCAUGAGGAUGAGCAGACCCGUCAGAGACGAGACAGGCAGACCCAUGAAGAUGAGCAGACCCGUCAGAGACGAGACAGGCAGACCCAUGAAGAUGAGCAGACCCGUCAGAGACGAGACAGGCAAACCCAUGAGGAUGAGCAGACCCGUCAGAGACGAGACAGGCAAACCCAUGAGGAUGAGCAGACCCGUCAGAGACGAGACAGGCAAACCCAUGAGGAUGAGCAGACCCGUCAGAGACGAGACAGGCAAACCCAUGAGGAUGAGCAGACCCAUCAGAGACGAGACAGGCAAACCCAUGAGGAUGAGCAGACCCGUCAGAGACGAGACAGGCAAACCCAUGAGGAUGAGCAGACCCGUCAGAGACGAGACAGGCAGACUCAUGAGGAUGAGCAGACCCGUCAGAGACGAGACAGGCAGACUCAUGAGGAUGAGCAGACCCGUCAGAGACGAGACAGGCAGACCCAUGAAGAUGAGCAGACCCAUCAGAGACGAGACAGGCAGACCCAUGAAGAUGAGCAGACCUGUCAGAGACGAGACAGGCAGACCCAUGAAGAUGAGCAGACCCGUCAGAGACGAGACAGGCAGACUCAUGAAGAGGAUCAAAACUGUCAACAACAACAGGAUAGGCAAACCCAUAAGGAUAAAGAGACGUAUCAAGAGUCCCAGUAUCAACAAUCCCAUGGGACCCAGCAAGGAUGUGCCAACAGAGAAAAAUUCCAUACGAGUGAAGAUGACCAGAGUCCAAGUUCCCAAGGAAGACACAGCGACCUGGCCUUCCAUCCAACCCAGAAUGCUGGGAGACCCCAAAGAAGAGAACAGGGUGGAAGUCACCCUAUCAAGGCAACUAUUGCUCCCAAUCCACUCUAUGACUACGUACAAGAGCAGAAAGGGGUUUGGCACUAG